AUAAAGAAGAGGAAUGUUGGAAUGGGAAUAAGGAAGUAAACAAUGUCCACACGAGAAUGAGAUGUGUUUUCAAGGGAAAGAAAGCGAAGUUUUCGUAGUGGGGUGCAAGUACUAAGUAACGUUAGCCGUUAAAAAUCAACUCAGUCGGCUCGAAACGGCAUCAAAUUACCCCGCGUCCCCUUUUUGUUUGUCACUUAGUGAAAUGUUAUUUCUUAAAAAGGACGAGCUGAAUAAACCAAAUCAAAAGCGGAUGCACUCUCAGGUAAUCACGGUGUAACGUUAGUUUGCUUGCUUUUCAUCAUCUUCAUGUGCCAAUAAGCUAAAACAUCAUCAUGAUGGCAAGUCAAAACAACACAGCCAGUGCUGCUCCAAACGAUAAGGCGAAAUACUCCAGGCUGGCUGAUAGUGAUGAAGGCUACAUUGAUCUACAGUUUAAGAAAACGCCACCUAAAGUACCCUACAAGGCUAUUGCGCUGGCAACCUUCCUCUUUCUUGUUGGCUCUGUAUUGAUAGUUGUUGGAUCCCUUCUUUUGGCAGGAUACAUUAAUGUCGUGUACCCAGAACGCACGAUUCCUGUUCUCAUCAUCGGCAUACUGAUCUUUCUUCCCGGAAUCUAUCACCUGCGGAUUGCUUAUCAUGCUUCCAAGGGUCACCGUGGUUAUUCUUACGAGGACAUCCCGGACUUUGAUGACUGAACGGAUCUGGUCAUACCGAAUGCUGUGACUUUGAUGUGUUUUCUGCAGAUGUUGCAUGAUUUGCCUUUAGACUUUAAUUCUCUUUUUACUCUGAGUUUCUCUAGGAGAGACCGUAUCAAGCUAUCUUUAUUUUACCAAAAGAAAACAGAAGUGCAAUAUUAAGCAAAAAAUAUAUUUUUUUUUUAGCUGAAUACAUGAAAGGCCAAUGAGAAAUAUGCUGGUAUUUUCGUAGCUUUGAUAAAACUUGAAAAAGUAUUGUUUUAAAAGUUUGAAAAUGUAUUUAUCUGUAAUGAAGCCAGUUAUGUACUGUAUAUACACUAUCAGUCAAAUGUUUGGACACAGGUAUCCCAGGAUGCACCUCUUGAAGUCCUCAGUAUCCACAUUAUUUUUCCCAUAAGAGUGUUUACUAAAGUUUCAGAGUUGACUGCACUUUGUUAAACUUUUCGUUAUUUCCCUACAGCGACUAAUGAACAGAAAACAGCUUACGUCCACUUUGGGAAAAAAAUUUUUUUUCAUCAUAGACUUUUAUUUGUGUUCCCACACUUGCAUAUUUGUUAUUUUGUAAUUUUAAUGACCUUAGCAUUAUAUUGAAGUGUCAUAUCACUGGUCUGAGCAGUUGUGUCCAAACGUUUGACUGCUAGUUUAGUUGCUAUGCAGUAUUGUUUUUGUGGAAUAAACUGGUUUUAUUAAUUUUCA